AUGAGCAAGUUCAGGAAGCCGAUUUUUACCACAAAUCUAGAUCCUUAUGACGCUGUCGUUCCGAAGCGUCCACAAACUACUCAGUCAAAGCAGAGAAAACACCAUAGCAAUUUCCAAAAAAUCAAAAUUCCACCUUUGAAGCUAAAAACAAGUGAAUUUUGAUAUCCUCAGAAUAAAACUAAAGACGAAAUUUCUCCUACAUCAUUAUUCGAAAUUAAUGGAUUCGUGCUACCGAUUUUGAGUAUGAAAACAAAUUCUAAUUCUUCCCUCCGUGAGUACACAAUUUUUUGCUCGCUAUGGAGGGUUAACUUUUUUUCCAAAAUUUGUAAUUUUGAUGUAAAAGCGUUAUGUUUCAGAAUAAACUGUUUAAAAUCUAAGAUUUUAGUGAUUAGUAUUUAUACACCCAGUAUUUUAGAGAAAAAUAAUAAUAAUUAUUAUUUUUGCUCGCUAAUUGAGAAAGUGUUCCCCAAAACAGGAUUUUUCCAAUAGUUCUUCUUCCCAAGAAGGGGAUUAAGGAAAAUCAUAAAAAGUUGCAAAAAUCAAGGCCUUUCUCAUCAGCACAAAUAACAAGCCCGGCUCGAAAGUCAAUGGAAAGGAUUUGGAAAGCCUCACUUCAAUCUAACAAAUCCUACUUUAGGAUGAAAAAUAGAAUUGAUUCCGAAGGGUGCUUAAUGGAAAAAUAA